CAAAAGAAAUGGCAAGUGAAAAGGUUAGAUGUUGCACCAAAUUUGUUGAGAACUCUCAGCUUUAUUUUGCUAUGAUUUUUUUGCAGUUUGUGUAUGGUGGCAUGAACAUUAUAACUAAAGUGUCGCUUAACCAAGGCAUGAGCCAUUAUGUCCUUGUGGUUUAUCGCCACGUCUUUGCAACUGUUGCCAUUGCUCCAUUUGCUAUCAUCUUUGAAAGGAAACAUCAACCAAGGAUAACAUUCCCAAUUUUCAUACAAAUUUUUAUCCUAGCUCUGCUUGGGCCUGUGAUUGAUCAAAAUUUGUACUAUGCUGGGUUGAAAUUCACUUCACCAACCUUCGCAUGUGCACUGAGCAACACACUUCCUGCCAUGACAUUUGUGAUGGCUGUUUUAUGCAGGAUGGAGAAGAUGAACAUAAAGAAAGUGAGGUGUCAAGCUAAGGUAAUGGGAACCGUUUUUACUGUAGCUGGGGCCAUGGUGAUGACCUUGUACAAAGGUCCUAUUGUGGAGAUGGUGUGGACCAAACAUCAUAGGACUAAAACCAAUGCCAAGGAUACAAAUAAUACCCAAAUAUCCUCGGACAAACAAUGGUUCAUAGGCUCCAUCUUUAUUAUCCUUUCUACCCUUGCUUGGGCAUCCCUCUUUGUUUUACAGGCCAAAGUGAUAGAAACCUACAAGAAUCAUCAACUUAGCCUCACAUCACUAAUCUGCUUCAUAGGAAUUAUUCAAGCUGCUGUUGUUACUUUUUUAAUGGAACGCAAAACUUCAGUCUGGUUAAUUGGCUGGGAUAUGAACUUACUCGCUGCUGCUUAUGCUGGGGUGUUUUCAUCAAGCAUGUCAUACUAUGUGCAAGGAUUAGUGAUGCAAAAGAAAGGGCCUGUAUUUGCAACUGCAUUUAUCCCUCUAAUGAUGAUCAUUGUCGCCAUAAUGGGCUCCUUUAUUCUCGCUGAGCAAAUUUAUCUAGGAGGGGUGGUUGGUGCCAUUUUAAUUAUCAUAGGCUUAUACUCAGUAUUGUGGGGAAAGAAUAAGGAACAAAUAAUGGAGAACAAAGUGACAGAUGAGAAUAUAUCCUUUGCUCUAAAGUGUGUUCACAUUAUUGAUGGAAAAAAAUCAAAUCAGAAUGUUGAAGCACCCAACAAGCUCUUGUCUCUCCCUCAUUCUCACAUGAAUGUUAUUAACCAAGAAGAAAAUAAAGUUUUAACUUAAAACUCAUCUUGGAAUCUCAUGUAAGGGUGGCCUCUUUGAGAAAAUUAAUGA